AUGUUCGGUCAAUUUGUCACUGGAGCCGUGCUGGCCUCCACGCUGCUCAUGAAUGGCGGCGAAGCAAAGCAGCCAACUCGAGGCGGUUCCCAUCAUACACAUGAAGGGGAGCCCAUCGACACAUCAAAUUACCGAUUCCUAACUAAUAAGACCAAAGCGCAUGUGGUAGAAAGCCUACCAGAUGUUCAUUUCGACUUGGGAGAAAUGUACUCGGGCUUUAUCCCCACAAAGGAAGACGCUUCCUUGUUCUAUAUCUUCCAGCCUAAGAUCGGUGAGCCAACCGACGAUCUCACAAUUUGGCUGAAUGGAGGGCCGGGAUGCAGUUCAAUGCAAGGAUUUUUGCAGGAGAACGGCCGCUUCACCUGGCAACCCGGCACUUAUGAGCCAGUCAUUAAUGAGUACUCGUGGGUUAAUUUGACAAAUAUGUUAUGGGUCGAUCAACCGGUUGGUACAGGAUUUUCAAAUGGUACACCGACUGCCAUCAACAAUGAGGAGAUAGCUGCGGAUUUCAUCGAAUUUUUCGAAACAUUCCAAGAGAUUUAUGGCAUCAAAAACUUCCGAAUUUUUUUGACUGGUGAAAGUUAUGCGGGCCGGUACGUGCCCUACAUUUCCAGCGCUAUGCUCGACAAGAACGACACCGAACACUUCAAUGUCAGCGGAGCCCUCAUGUAUGAUGCGUGUAUCGGCCAGUGGGAUUAUAUCCAGGCAGAACUGCCCGCAUACCCAUUCGUUGAGCAACAUGCCGAAUUAUUCAAUUUCAAUCAAUCUUUCAUGGAGGAUCUGCAAGCUACCUACUCAGAAUGCGGUUAUGAGGCAUACUUUGAAGAGUAUUUCACAUUUCCGCCCUCUGGAGUGCAGCCAUCCAAGUAUAUGGACUAUUCCGAGUGCGACAUUUUCAACAUGAUAUACUUCGAAGCUUUCAAUAUGAACCCAUGUUGGAGUCCCUACAAGAUCAGCCAAACGUGCCCACUCUUGUGGGAUGUCCUAGGCUUCCCCACAGAUCUUGCCUACGAACCAGCCCCUACAACCUACUUCAACCGCACCGAUGUCAAAAGGGCUCUCCACGUCCCCGAAGAUAUCGAGUGGGAGCUCUGUAGCGUCGACAGCGUCUUCGUGAGUGAAGACCCAGGGCCAGAGCAGGUAUUCGACGAGUCUGCCAAUCCCACCGAGGAUGUCCUGCCGCGACUCAUCGAAGCCACCAAUCGGGUUUUGAUCUCGAACGGAGAUUGGGAUUAUCUGAUCAUCACGAAUGGAACAUUGGUGGCAAUUCAGAACAUGACCUGGAAUGGCGAGCUAGGUUUCCAGUCUCGUCCCAAUGCUCCCAUUCGUAUCGACAUGCCCGAUCUGCAAUAUGCCUCAGUCUUUGAUGCCCAAGAGAAUUAUGAGGAUCUUGAUGGCCCCCAAGGCCAGAUGGGUGUUCAGCACUAUGAGCGUGGUCUGAUGUUCGCUGAGACCUAUCAAGCAGGUCACCGUCAGCCGCAGGAUCAAGGCCGAGUGUCCUACCGCCAUCUCCAGUGGUUGUUGGGCGAUGAUGAGCAUCUUUGA